UCGGGCAGGCGGCGGAGCUGGCUUGGGAACAGACGAGCCGGGGAGAGAAGAGAUGAGCCCCCAGCUGUCCAUGAGGCGGAUGAAGAGAAGCCCCCCAUGAUGGGGUCCUGCGUGUCCCAAGAAUUCUUCACAAGUGCUCAGAAGGAAUAUUCCAUCGCCAGCCACCCACAGUGCCCUCCUUCCACCCACCAUGACAGUCAGCAAGUGCCUGCAGCUGCCCUGGAGAAGAAUAACAGCAAGGAAAACCAGAUGGAUUUCUGCUGGGACCCUCUGCAGAAAUGUUUCAAGACAUCCAGUGGGAUCCUCUCCGAUUCCAAAUUCGGCUCCAGCGGUUACAACGUCACGGCCCUGGCGACCUCCUCUCUGGUGGGGUUAGUCCAGACCAUAAAGGACCACAUCACCAAGCCCACCGCCAUGGCUCGCGGCCGGGUGGCCCACCUCAUCGAGUGGAAAGGCUGGAGCGCCCCCCAGGUGGGCUGCGAGCCGUGGCUGACGGAGGAAGAGCACUACUCCUACCUCACGGACGAGCUGAGGGAGGCACGCUUUGCAGCAGGGGUCGCUGAACAAUUCGCCAUCACCGAGGCCACCCUGAGCGCCUGGUCCUCGCUAGACGAUGAAGAAAUGAAUUACGGGGGCAGCUCCCAGGAGAUCGUACAGCUUCAAGACUUGGAGAGCAUCUACCUGCAGGAGAAGCUGGUGCUGAGUCCCCAGGUGAUAAGUAGCCCCAACCUGGAAGGCAGCCUGCCCGCCUGCUCCUCCUCCACCCACACCUCUCCCAUACCCUGGGUGCACUCCGGAGUGGACAGGUGGACCUCGACCCACCCCUUCCCCGGGGCUCUCCCCUGCGGCUCCCCGCGGACCGGGAGCUCCCGGGCAGACAGCUCGGAGAAGGAGCAGGCCUGCGCGGGGAGAGAGCAGGAGGGCACGACCAGCGUCGGCCAGAAGCGGCUCAGCAACUCCCUGCACUACGUGGACAGCAGCUCCCUCUCGGAGGACGAAGUGUUUUAUAACUAGGUCCCCCGCCCCUCCCCGGGACAGGAAGGGGGGCCGGGGCUGCCCUGAGGAUGGCGCGAGGGGCCCUGCCGAGCUGGCUAGUUCCAGCUCCCUGGAUGCUGCUGGGAGCAGUGAUUAGAAGCCGCCUAUUGGUUUGAGACAGUGCGGCAAGGCAACACCAACAGCAUCCGUCCUACCGGUGACCGCUGGGGCUGCCUGGCCCUUUAGAGGCGGCAUUCGCUGGACUGGGCCGGUUGCACCGAGUCUGGGGCUGAGAUUGGUUUUCCUUCGGCCAAGGCUGCUGAGCUG